GAGAGACGAUCUCAAGAGUCUGAUCCAACGGCCGUUCUUCGGGCCAAAAAGGUACCGGUGGCGCAAUAGAGAGGAGAGUUCGCGACUUUCACCUUACGCUCUGGGGAUAGGACACUACGAGACAACUUGUACAUUACAUAUCAGUAUCAUCCUCUCCUGUCAUGCAUGCUUAGGUCGGGCCGAAAGUCGUAGACAGAGGUAGAUGGGUGCUGACGCUUUGGCGCUCGGUCCUUUUCAACCAAAGGAUAUGUCGUGAGUCGUCGCUCAGAUCAUGGGACCUUUUGCCCGCCAUUAGUGCGGAAUGGGCAAGUCACGAAACAUCCAUGGCCUCGUCACUGUUCGAGCACUCUCACAGUAUCUUUCCAAACAGCCAUCACCAUGUCCAACGCUGUAAUCUUGAUCAAUGGUUUUCCAGGCGUGGGCAAAUCGUCAGUCGCGAGAGAAUUGAUGGCAUUGCUACCUCAUUCGACGUUACUUGAGGCUCAAGCUUUGGAUCUAGCUGCGAACGCGGCACACGAAGUGACGAGUCGGUCCAAUGCAGAGUUGAGGAAAAGACUGCGAGAGACUAUUCUCCGUUCAUUGGCACCUGUCGGUACUGGUGUUGGUGCUCAGAGUCGAAUCAUGGUCAUCACCGACACCCUACUAUCCUCUCCGCCGACUUCGGCGUUUCUGCAAUCAUACCUUGCAUGCUGUCGAUCCAAUGGGAUAAUCCUCAUUCAUAUCAUCUUGUCAUGCGACUCCUCUACAAACGUCUCACGACUGGGCAGCGGUAGCAAAAUUGAUGAAGAUACGCUCGUGGCCAUGAGGAUGGAGGAAGAAAUCGGACAAUACCUCUCACUUCAGGACAAAGUCCGAGGCGGGUCCAUGCCGGGCUUGUCGGGGGAAAUGGAGUUGGACAAUUCCAACCUUGGAGCUAAAGAUACCGCCGCCAGGGUCGGAGAGUACUGUAUAGAUUUGUUGAAGAGACAGGGAUGGUCCCUGCAGCCUGCAAAGAGGGUGUAGAAAGAAAUUCCUACGCUUGCUGGUCCCGCAAAAGCCAUCAUCUCAACAUAGCUCGAUCCUCAGUCUAGCUAGCUGCAUGAGCAAAGCG